ACUGACUUGUCAAAUUCAACACAGCCGUGCCGACGAACAGACCACGCAAAGCGUAAUGUAAAAGAAUUGAAAAAAAUCAUCCUCUAUCCAAACGCAGCAGUCGGGGGCGAGUUAUCAAGUAAUUUAUAUUCCCAACAACUAAAUGCACCGUGUAAUGCGUUGUACAUGCGAGCGGUAAGCAAAUUGCGGAGGCAACAAUCAGAGCCGAUAAACGGCUGCUAAACGGCGAAACACACACGCACACGCCCGCGUUGGGAGAGCCCCCCAACACACUGAAAUACACACACAGCCACAUAUAUAUUCUACACAACUACAAGCGUGUGCCUUGGCAGGUGAGAAGGAGGCGGCAAAAGCCCCGAAAAAGAAACAUUAGCCGCCACAAAAGACAGCAGCAGGCGAAGCAGAACCACAGGCAAGGAAAGCCAAAGGAACUACCCAAGGACAGAGGCCGGACCCUAUCCGUAAUUAGGCCCAGUUUGGCGACAGACAAGGUUCCACACAGUUGAUGCCAACAGCAUUGUCACGCUGAGCGCAGCAGCAGGUGUAGCAGUAGCAGCUGGAGGAGCACCACGCUGCCAUUGGAGCGGGAUUGGAGGCACCAACAACAGCAACAACAACAACAAAAACAAUCACAAUAGAAGCAGCGUAUUUGGCGAAAAUUUUGCAUUGAUGGUAAUGCAUGCUAGAAAACCGCAGCGUAUGAACGAUGGGUACUUUGAGAAGCAUACCAGUCACACUUCCUACCAGAGCUCAAAGUACAGCAGUUCAAAGCGCGACUAUGAACGUGAUCGUUCCUCCAAUUAUCGCGAUCGCGACCUCUCGCCGGGUGGCAGUGGCGGUGGAGGUGGAGGCGGCGGCAGCGGCACCGGUGGCGGCAGCAACAGCGGCAAUGGCGGCGGCGGCGGCGGCGGCGGCGGCCCACUAAACAAUGGCAACAGCUAUCGCUCCCAAUCGCCCGACAUUGAUUCCCCCUCAUCGAGAUCACACGAUCUGCGGGAUCGCAACGAUCAUCGGGGGAGUGGCAGCGGCGGUGGCGGUGGUGGCGGUGGCAACGGCGGCGGCGGCGGUGGCCGUGGCGGUAGCAACGAGCGAUACAGCUUCAUACAAAAGAUGCGCGAUCGGGAUCGUGAUGUCUACAAGAAGGAUAAAUAUUCCGAUAAAAGAGAUCGACGUGGCAAUGAUCGGGACUCGGAAUCGUAUCGCACUAAUCAUGACAGGGAUCGUCGUGGCGGUGGCGGUGGUGGUGGCAGCGGUGCCAGCGGCAAACUUUGCUCCUCCCGCGAGAACGACAAACGUUCCGGCUCUGAUGAUCGUGAUCGGGAGAGGGAUCGUGAUUUGCGUGAUAUGCGCGACAAGCGGGAUCGGGGCUCUGAUCGUGACAGGGAUAUGUACAAGAAGGAUAAAUAUGCAGACAAGCGCGAUCGCAGCGACAGGGGCGAGCGUACGGCGCGCUAUGGCGACUGGAGUGAACAUGUCAGCUCGUCGGGAAAAAUGUAUUAUUACAACUGCAAAACGGAAAUCUCUCAGUGGGAGAAGCCAAAGGAAUGGGUGGACAGAGAAAGGAAUUUGCCCCGUGACCAGCACAGGGAGAAGGACUAUCGCGAUAAGGAACGGGACCGAGAUCGCGAUGAUCGCUUCAGCAGGUCGACAUACAAACAUUCCAAUUCUUCGCGGGACAAUACACGACUGAGAUGGAGCUACAAUGAUGAUGUGGGCCCGCCGAGUCAUCGGAGACGUUUGGAUGGUCGACAUAACGAGAAUGCUGAUAUGGAUAUUAGCGGCGAUUCGACGCCCACCUCAGAGGCCAGCUAUUCCUUGAGCGGCACCCCCACCACGCAUGGCGGCACCGGGAUGAGUGGAGGAGGAGGAGGAGGCGGCGGAGGAGGUGGCGGUGGCAAUGGCAGCAAUUCAACAAUGGAUCAACCCAUGGGUAAUGCACUGCCACGGUUGGCCUCACAUCCAAAUACGGGCAGCUCUUCGGGAGCUGGUGGAGCGCCAAUGGGCGGAGCAGCGGCUGCAGCAGCAGCAGCAGCAGCGGCAGCAGCUGCAAUGCACUACAGUGGCGGUGGGCCAGGCGGGGGACCCGUUACCGGUGCCACCAUGCUGCCCACCAGCGGACUCUCCUCGGUGCCGCCAAGCAUUGCCAAUAGCAGCAGCAACAGCAGCAGCCUUAGAAACUCAGUUGUUGGCCACAUAGGCUCCACCUCCAGCACGACUGUGCCAACGCUGUCGAAUCAGGAUCCCCACCAGCAGCAGCAUCAACACCAGCAUCACCUAAACUCGAAUGCACCGUUGCCGCCUGGCGGCGGGGGCGGCGGUGUCGGCGGCGGCAGCAAGGGACGCCAGAAGAUGCAUUUGGGCAUGGGCGUGCACGACCAUGGCCAACACAACUCAUCUGUGAAUGCAUCAGGGUCCGAUGCAAUGGUGAAUCAUGCCUACAACUCGGUCAAUAAUUCAGUCACCGGCAAUAGUUUAAACAGCUUAAGGGACAAUAACAGCAUCAAUUCGCCGCUGUACAUGUCGCAUCCCCAUCACAAUCUAUCGCCCCCGCUGAAUUAUACCAAGAGUCCCAUACCAACGAUUGUGGGUAUUACGAACACCGGAACGGUUGUGAAUGCCGCCAAUAUGGCCAGCAUUAUUGGAAAUUCAUAUACCUGCCAGGCGACCUAUGGCCCGAUCAAGACUGUUGUCGAUGGCGGUGUCUCACCGGCAACGCCAGGUGGCGGCGGCGGUGGCGGCGGCGGCGGCGGCGGUAAUGGUAGCAGCCAAAAUAUUGUACCCGGCCUGGGUGCCGUCAGUGGGAUCAGUGUGAUCACCUCAAUGGGCAGCAACAGUGUGGCGGGGGUCAUGUCCCUUGGCGACGGUGGUCCGCCCACACCAACCAUGGAAUUAGAUUUAAGCUCAGCUUUAGAACAACAACAGCAGCAGCAACAGGUGGCGAUGGCCGCCACAAUGGCAGCGGCAGCCCUUGCAGUCGCUCAGGCAUCGGUCCAACAGCAACAGCAGGCGGCGCAACAGGCCCAACAGCAGCGAAAGUUGGAUGGGGCAUCGGGCGCACUUAUCUCAUUGCAGGCGGCCUCGGUGCAGGCGGCCAAUCUCCGGGGGCCGGAGAUAUCGCCAAAGUUGGCGAAAUACUUUCGCGCUGAUUUGAUUGCGCAUGUGACCAAUUGGCAGGCCGAGAUACUGGAGCGUCAGGUAAGCUUUGAGGCGCAAAAAUGCUGCGAGGAUACGCAUCUGUUUGGGGAUAUUACCUGCACGAGAAUUUGCGCGGAACUGAAAUGCGCCCGGAGUCUAGUGCGCAGCACUGAGAUCAAUGCCACACUCCAGGAACAGAAAAUCAUGUAUCUGCGGCAGCAGAUCCGCCGGAUUGAGGAGUCGAAGACUCAGAACGCGUUCAUGUCUGACGAUACUUAGGAUCAGGAGCAGGUUAGGCUGCGCGUGCAUCGCAAGCUGUCUGUCAGGCUCAAAAAGAGCAUUUUCUGGCGCAGCUGAUGAUGAUUGCGAUGAUGUGUUGAUGAUACGCCCAGAACCCCACCCAGCAGCAUUGCCUCGCCCGUAUUCCAUUUUGACGGUGAUGUGGGGACUACGCUGGUGACUGCGGGUGGGGGAGCCGGCCACCAAUGACACCAGGACUCUCACACACACGUUCAUCCUGCUGCUCUGCUCUACAACUCGACUCGAUUCUACCCACAAGGCGACGCAUCACUCGCCGGCCCCAAAAUUAUAAAAACCACACAAUGGAUCCGCCGCUCUUGUGACCCGCGAGAGAACCCUCAUGUGUCUCUGUUGUGGGUGGCAGCAGCACAAUGGAGGCACAGUUUUACAACUCUCGGCUGCAGCGCAAGGGAUCCAGAAUGAGUUUAACAAAUGCAAAGCUCUACAACAACAA